AUGUCCUCCAGCGACACCGAGUCCAAGACAGCCGACAAGGCCACUUCGCCCGAGGGUGCCAACGCAGAUGUUUCCGCUGCCGUCGAGGACCUGCUCAACACGUUGUCGAACAAGUUUGCCAGCGUCUCCUCAGAGAUCUUUGCCAAGAUGGACGAAAUGUCGCGCAGAUUGGACAACCUUGAGUCGGCAUUAUUAGAAAGCAAGAACCAGGAAGGAGGCACGUCAAAGCCCCAGUAA